AGCCCAACUUCUUCAAAGAUGAUUCAUCCAGUCAUAAUAAUUUCAUCAAUCGUUUGGAGACAAGCAUAACAAUUGAGGUAGAAAGUGACUCCCAACACAUUGUUCUACCAUGCGCUGCAGAUCGAAUCGCUGGGUUAACCAAUUUGACGUGGAUGAAAAACAUGAAUCCGAUAUAUCCCAGUGGAACUAACUAUGCGUACGAAAAUUCUUCACUGAAAAUUAUGAGAGUAAACAAAUCGGACAGUGCAGAUUACAGUUGUAAAGUGUGCAACAAUGUGGGAUGUGUUAGUUCAGUUGUAACAUUGCGUGUGUAUUACAAAAUCGGUGAUAACUCUAUGAUCAACACUACCGUGAAUAUUCACGAUUCGGUUGUAUUUUUCUGUUCCCUGCAGUACCACAGGAAUGCCGAUUUUGAGUAUCAAUUCUUCAAAUCGGGCUUUUCGGAAGUGAUGCCUCUAAUGAACUAUUUGAACUUGACGAAAGUUCGGAACACUGAAAAUAACGUACUGAAAUUGGAAAGUGUAUCCUUGGAAGACACGGGUUGGUACGUCUGUGUUGUAAUCCUCGAAGAAGAUGAAGUUGAAAGUGGAAAUAAGGUGGUUGCCUAUAAAAGUGCUUUUCUGCAAGUGCGCGGCAGUCCUUUGGAAUCUAGCUUUUUAAACCUGAAGUUUGGGGCGGUUUAUUUAGGACUGGUUGUUCUUCUUGUAGUUGCAAUAAUAUGGUCAAGUUUUGUAAUCAGUAAAAAUCAACAGAACAAGAGGGUUAAGGCAGAAACGGGAGACUCGCCAUGUGAACCCUGUGAUAGUUUGGAAAUGACCCACGUUCAAUCCGAGUGGCGAGGAUCGAUGAUAACCAUUGAUUACCGGUAUACUUCAACUCCAACACUAGAUUACGAGUUCCCGAUUGAUUGGGAUUGGAACCUCCAACGAAACGGUGUAGUCUUGGGCACGUUGUUAGGUGAGGGGGCAUUCGGAAUGGUUUUGUUAGCCGAAAUGAAACAGGAUGAGGAAACCUCAACACCAGUGGCGGUCAAGAUGCUAAAGGAGGGUCAUACAGAUGAUGAUUUUAAGAAUUUAGUCAAUGAAUUGGAAAUUAUGAAAACGAUUGGUAAACAUCCAAACAUAAUUAGUUUGCUGGGAUGUUGCAUAGAAGACGGACCACUCUACGUUAUCGUUGAAUACGCCCGUCAUGGGAAUCUUAAGGAUUUCCUGAAGAGUCAUCGCUUCGAAGGAGAUUGUGGCAAUACUAUGAAAAACGUCAUUAAUACUUAUCAACUGAUUACAUUCGCUUCCCAAAUUGCCUUCGGAAUGGAGCAUCUAGAAUCAAUCAACGUCAUUCAUCGAGAUUUGGCUGCGCGAAACAUUCUGAUCGGCGAGAGACACAUCAUGAAGAUAUCGGACUUUGGAUUAGCUUUGAGCAGUUACAGCCAGAUAUCCAGAGGGAAACUUCCGAUGCGAUGGAUGGCUCCGGAAUCGUUGGAAUACCGUUUGUUCAGCUCUAAAUCGGACGUUUGGUCGUACGGAGUACUCUGCUGGGAGAUCAUGACUCUCGGCGGGAGUCCGUUGCAGUUCCUGAACACUUGGGAAAGCGUGCUUGAACAUUUGCAACAAGGAAAUCGACUGAAGCAGCCGCCAGAGUGUCCUGAUAAGGUGUAUCGUGUUAUGGAGGAAUGUUGGCAAUCUAAUCCCAGUCACCGUCCAACGUUUAGUUACAUUUUACAACAACUGGAGUAUUAUGCUGAGAAUCAAAUGGGUGAUAGGAUGCUGAAAACUAUUCCAAAUGAAUAUGAGUUUUUGUAA